UCCGGAUAAUAAAACCAAACAAACAAUUAGUGGUCCGUGGUGUGGACAGUGGAGGAUCAUCAGAGUUAAUGUCUGUAACUUUGUUCAUGUGUACAAGAUGUGACAACAGUUUUUACUUAACUACGGAUAUUUUUAUCGCAAGAUCUCUCCAAGAUUUCACUUUCAUUUAUCAAUAUAGAGUGCAUAUUUCCAAUCAAUGCUGCGCCGGCAGGUCCAAAGAUUCAUAGUCGAUACGACUGCUUGAAGUUGAACAGUUGAAGUUCUUAAUGACAAGCAAAAAUGAAAGUUACCUGUUUAGCCCUUCUAGUUGUGAUAUUGAACAGUGCUCUGGCAAGUGAGUCGGUGGCGGACCCUUCCACCAAUGGGACGUCCAAUCACACAGCAAAUGAAACUAAAUCAGAACAUCCAGAGGGGGUGGUGUUAGUGGAAAUCAAAUACGAAGCAAUCAAGGAACCAUUCUUCUUGACUCUGGUCGUACUAAUUGCUGGUAUAAGUAAAGUUGGAUUUCAUCAUGCUGAUUUUAUAUCAUCAAAGGUCCCAGAAUCUUGUCUCCUCAUCAUAAUGGGGACCAUUUUUGGAGGUUUAGUGUUAUUGAUUGGAGUUAAUGAAAGUUUGCCAGAUUUCUUCACACCUGAGAUAUUUUUUCACUACCUUCUUCCUCCGAUAAUAUUGGAGGCCUCUUUCAGUCUAUAUGACAAAACUUUUGCAGACAAUAUUGGAAGUAUUCUUAUUCUAGCAGUAAUUGGAACAACAAUAUCAUGUUUCCUAAUAGGUCUGAGUCUGUAUGGUUUGAUGAUGGUUGGAGCUAUGGGGGCAGUCUCACAGAUUUCCUUUAUACAAAUUCUAGUGUUUUCUGCUCUUAUUGUUGCGGUGGACCCCGUGGCGGUUCUAGCAGUAUUUACUGAGGUGGGAAUUAAUCCUACACUCUACUUCUUGGUGUUUGGGGAAUCACUCCUGAAUGAUGGUGUGACUGUAGUGUUAUAUAAUGUGCUGCAGACGUACAAUAGAUUACAAGCAGAAGGGGGCACAAUUGAUGCUGGACAAGUUUUGUUGGGCAUAUUGAAAUUCCUAAUUGUGGUCAUAGGAGGACUAGUAAUUGGGAUUUUAGUGGGAUGCCUGUCAGCUGUACUUACCAAGUUUACUAACACUGUCAAAGUGGUUGAACCUAUAGCAAUAUUUGGAAUGGCUUACUUAGCCUUCCUGCUGGCUGAGUUGUUUGAAUUUUCUGGCAUAAUAUGUAUCAUUGGCUGUGGACUUGUGCAAGUUGCUUAUGCCUUUCAGAACAUAACUCCAAAAUCCAAAGUAGCAAUCAAAUAUUUCACUAAAGUGUUGAGCACCACAUCCGAGAUUAUCAUUUUCCUCUUCCUUGGACUAGCUCUUAUAACUGAACAUGACUGGCAAACUGGCUUUGUCUUGUGGACUCUAGUAUUGUGUAUUGGAUUCAGGUUUUUAGUGGUCUAUGGUAUUACCUUCCUUAUCAACAAAUUUGACACCUACAGAGUCCGCAGGAUAGGAUUUGAUGAAAUGUUUAUUAUGAGUUAUGGUGGAUUACGAGGGGCUGUUUGUUUCUCCCUGGUAGCUCUUCUGGACAAAAAGGAGUUCCCAGAGAAAGAUAUGUUUGUCACCACCACACUGUUUGUGAUUCUCUUCACAGUCUUCUUCCAGGGGGCCACAAUAAAGCCGAUUGUGAAUGCACUGAGAGUAAGACUAGCCCCAGCAGAUCAUAGCCCCAGUAUGUGCCUAGUUCUACACGACAAGAUUAAUGAUCACUUAAUGGCUGGUGUAGAAGAAGUUUUAGGUUAUAUAGGAAAGUUUCAGCUAAGGGAAAAGUUUCAUUACUUUGAUGACCAUUACAUCAGGAAGCUGCUGUUGAAAACACCAAACAUUGAGGAUGGAGCGGAACUGAUCGUUAAUUAUGAAAAACUGGUUAUGAAAGAACAUUACAAGAAUCUACAUUUGUGUGGUGCAGCCAAUCUUCCUAAAGUUCCCAGUGAUUUAAAGAAUGUGGACAGUUCAGCAAUGCUGCUGAAACUGAGGGCCCAUGAGGAUGAGGAAGAAAGAGAUGAGGAUUUUGAAGCUGCAGGAGUUUCUAAACCUAGACUUAUAGUUGAGCCUAAAGUGGUCACACAGCCCCCUAAGAAGGUUUCUAUUUCAAUAGGAGGAGAAGAGCCCACGGCUAAAGACUUCAGGAACCUCUUGAAAGAGAGUCUCCGGUCACCAACUCUGGUGAUACCAAAUAGAAGAUUCGAUCGACAGAUAAGCUAUGUUCCCAAUUUUGAUUUUGAAAACUUGAGACAUAGACGAAAGAAUAAUGCCAAAUUACAACGAAUGAAAUCCAUUAGAAAAAUGCCUGAACGAGCCCUCUCAUGGGCCGAAAGUGAUUCCAACCUGUGUAGAGAGAGAGCUAACAAUCACCUGAUUGGACGCACACAGAAGGCAAUGACGGUAGACUACUCUCCGGUGGAAGGAGAUAAAGGCUUCAAUACCUCGUUAGUCAGUCAGACAAUCGUUGAGGAUGAAGUGUUUGAAAGAGAAGAACUGGUAGCUGAGAGCAGCCCUUUAAUUAAAGAAGAUCCCGAAUCUGAACACACGAAAGACAGUCUGGCAAAGAGAAAGGUGUCCCAUGACUGUCUCCUUCACCGUCAGGAUGCAGUGGAAAACAUUCCUAUGGAUAACCUCCAGAAAUCCAAGUCUUUAGAUGUUUAGUUUCACGCCAUAGGGUGUUAGGAAACAAUUUUUGUAUUCUGAGGUAACAGUUUGUAGAAUUAUACAUUUAAGUGUUAUUGUUUGGAAUGUCACUUUUUUCAUUUUAUACAAUAGAAUUUUGAUUUACAACUAACUUUAUCCUAUACCUUUUUAUUCUGAUAGGAGGGAACCACUUCAAUUCAUUGCUCACAAUAUUAGGUCAUUUCUUGUUUUUGUGAAGGUUGAAUGUAAGAUAACUCCCAUGAAACAUGGUUACAGAAACAAAACAGGUGGUAUACUCUUGCUAGUUUAUACAUAAUUAUCCCUGAUAGGGUGACAAAAUUAGAACAUUCUGCAGUGAUAUAGACACUGUGCAGAACAUAUUUAUAGCACCAUUUAUAUAUACCGUUUAUAACAAUGAUUUCUUUUAUCAAAUCACUUCAAUUUUUCAACCUUUGCAAUCUUUUUAGAUAUCCUCAUAUGAAUGAUGUCUUAUUCACUUUGUGGUCGUGAAUGGAGCAUGUAGUGUUGGUCAUGUUGAACUUGGUUUGUGUUUCGAUGUGUUAGUAUUCCCUCAGUAAAUUUAACCACCUUUUGUUUUUACCUGAAUCCUUUGAAAAUAUCUUUAUCAAACUUAAGCAUUAACUUUAACUUCAUAGGUGUUGCUUUUAGCUUAUUUUUAAUUUCAUAGCUACUUGAAAUAUUUAUAAAACAUAUUAAUAUUUAUUAGUAAGUUGUUUGGUAUAAGACCCCUAUUAUUAUUAUUAUUAUAAAAUCACCGGUUGAGCCGUUCCUGUGGGUUGAAAUACUAGAUGCAGAUGACAUGCUUGACAGUGUUCAUACGCCUAACAGAUUUAUAGUGAUUCGGUCUUUGCAGUUAUAGGCAAAUAUCCUUCAAAAUUCUCUAAUAUAUUUUAUCACAGGUUUAAAAAGUAAAUGUAAAUUUUUGAAAUAUACAUUAUGCAAAUAUCUUCAGGGAUUACAUGUAUUUUUGUCAGGGUCAAUGUUUACCAUGGUUACCAAUGUAAACCAAUGAGUAUCUCCCGGUGUGAAUUUCAUAAGAUUUAGUAUUAUGAAAUUUCUAUGUAUGUAAAGUUAUAUUGAUUCCAAUUAAAGGCUAGCAUGUUAAGCUUUAAUGAGAUACAUAUUGAUGUAUGUAGUGCAAUGCAUCGUAUGUCUGCUAUUGUAUAGACAUCAGAUAACAUAAUAUACAUAAUAUUUUCUUUGAAGGGAUAGAUUGCAGCUACAUGUACAUUUAGUUGAUGACAGUAAAGGCUGUAGGGUCCAGUGAUCAUGCACGGUUUUGUUUACCAUUGGACCAAGGUCAACAUUUGCUCUGUGUUGCUUUCAUGUUUCCUUUGUACAGUUUUACCAGUAUGUGUUCGUCACAUAAUGAAGAUUUAUUUUUGUAAUAUAAUUUUUAUGAUGGUUAUAAAUAUACACACUAUACACAUGUAAAAUCGAUUUUUCAUAUCACGGGUCAUUUGAUGCCACAUUGUCGUGAUUCUAUUUAUUGAUAGUAAAGCUUAGUCUAGCUAUAUUGUAUCUACCUACAUUGUAACUCUCUCUCUAUCUAUCUAUGAUUUACAUGUCUCUCUCUCUCUCUCUCUCUCUCUCUCUCUAUCGAUCUACAUGUAUCUACCUAUCUUUAUAGCACCACAUUUUUAUAUAUGACAAUCAUGAACUUUUGUUGCUACAAUUGAAUAAAAUGCAAUAAAUGAAUUUUGAUAUAUAUACUCACUAUAUGUAUAUAAAA